CUCUCCGUCACCGUGUGCAAACUAUUUCCACAGUACUAUAAAUAAGGCUGCAGAGUGCAUAGGCUCAAACCUAAGGCGUGGCUGUGUGCAGGUGGACCGUUGCUGCUCUCCAUCUCAACUUUCUUCAAACAGGACUUUCUCCUCCGAGGAACUAAAUCACCGCAAACAUGCCUAAAUGCCCCAAGUGCGAGAAGGAGGUUUACUUUGCUGAGAGAGUGUCGUCACUUGGCAAAGACUGGCAUAGACCUUGUCUGAAAUGUGAGAAAUGCAGCAAGACCCUGUCGCCUGGCUCACACGCAGAGCAUGAGGGGAAGCCUUAUUGUAACAACCCAUGUUACGCUGCACUCUUUGGACCCAAAGGUUUUGGACGUGGCGGCACUGAGAGCCACACAUUCAAAUAGGUUUAUACACUCUGUAAACGUGUUUUAGAGAAGCUUGAUUUUUGUUUUGUUUUGGGGUUUUUUGCCACUAUAUUAAGCCACAUAUUGUUAAUCCAAAGACAAAA